GCGGCGCGGUGCCCGCUCGGCCCGCGAGCCGGCCGACGCGCCCGCCGGCGGCCUCAGCGUCACCGGAGUGCUGGCCGACUUCUCGCUGUACGUGUUCCACCCGUACGGCAACAAGUACUCGGGCAAGGACCACGUGACCAGCCCGCUCAACGACACCGACCGCAAGGACUCGCUCAGCGUCCGGGUCGAGUUCGUGCAGUUUAUCGUGUCGCGCUCGCGCAAGCUGGACCUGGACAGCAGCGGCACGGACGCCGGCAGGGCCAUCGUACGCUUCUCGACCGUGAUCGACCUGGGCUCGGCGUCUUUCAAGUACGACAUGCGGCGCCUGACGGAGAUCCUGGCUUUCCCCAAGGCCUGGUACCGGCGCACCAUCGUCCGCAGGAUGUUUCUCGGUGAUCUGGGCGACACGACGAUCGCGGCGGACGUGGCGCGGUCCAGCUCACCGGAGCGGCAGCCCGCGGCCGACGGCAGCGCCGGCUCGCAGCUGACGCCGGCUCGCUCGCCCAUCGGUAGCGGCGCUGAGGUCCGGCCACGGCCCAGCAAACUGCACGUGUUGCAGAGGCGGCUGAGUCUGGACCCCGUGCUACCGCCGACCGGAAACUCUGUGAACGUGCCGUCCUCCUGGGAGACGCUCGUGCUCUUCGCCGUCAACUUCACCAAGCUGAACGUCCACAUGAACAUGGGCAACGUCAUGGGAAACGUCACGUGGCAAACGAACGGCUUCACGUCGGAGGGACGGCUCUCGAUCGGCAGCACCGGCCACAAGAACAUGUUCAUCUCGCUGGGCCUGGGCGGCUCCUCGCUCGAGGCCAAAGGCGGCAUCGUCGGCGGCAACGUCGAGGUCGGCAAGAUCGACACCUACCUGCGCAUCCUGGAGGACCCGGGCGUGGAGCCCAGCCACACGGUGGGGCUGCGGCUGCAGACGUUGGAGCUGCGGCUCGACUACAUGGGCACGUCGGUGCUGAUGGGGCGCGUGUCGGCGCUGGACGCCACGCUGCGAGACGAGUGGCGGAUCACAGCCCAGAUGGCCGACAACGAGGCCGAGGGCACCAAGAGGCCCGCCAUGAUCUUCAUCCACACGGAGGUGUCCUGGGACCAGAUGCAGCUCAUGAUCUCCAAGUCGACAACCACCGACCUGAUCAAGAUGUACAGCAAGCUGGAGGAGUUCUUCCUACAGCAGUUCCAGAGCUCACGCCGCGUGCUAAUCGGUCUGAACGAGCGGCCGAGCUCGUCCAAGUCGGCCAGUCUGCGCCGCCGCACUACCAAACACCGCCGCCUUACCGAGGUGCUGCAGGAGACGGCCCAACAGCAGAGCGACACGCGCCACCACCGGCACUGGCACGACGCGCUGCGCCUGGUGGCCGGGCUCAAGCUGAAGACGUUCAUGACGCGCCUGCCGCCCUCGGGCACCGUGCUGGGCGGCACCAUCGAGAUGCGCGGCCAGACGAUCUCUCUCGCCUGCUUCCACGGCCUCAACUUCAAGUCGAAGAGCUGGGCGCUCUUCAGCCUGCGCGAGCCCAACAUCUCGUUCUCGACCGAGAGCCAGGAGAUCGAGACCGGAGUGCCGCCGGACGUGCACGUGGUGGAGACGCUGUCGAUCAGCCUGGGCCUGCUGUCGCACCAGCCGACGGCGCGCCACGUCAGCAUGGCCACCGUGUGCCGCGUCACGCGCACCAUCCUGUUCCCUCCGCAGUUCCGAACUAUGCAGGAGUGGUUCCACUACACGUUCAGCACGAGCGAGCUGGACGAGGUGGACCGGUUCCCGAGCCUGGAGCGGCCGGCGGCGGACGGCGCCGGCAGCGGGGAGCGGCGCCAGUCGCGCUCCGGCCAGGCCAGCCCGCCGCCGCAGACGCCCCGGCUGCACGACCACAACCACACGGCCGAGAUCGUGUUCGCCCUGCCACCCAUGCAGAUGCAUCUGAAGACGGAGCACACGCAGACGGGCGCCGAGCCCGACAUGGCCGCUCCCAAGCCGGUGGUGGUGUGCAGCUUCGUGACCGAGUUUGAGGACCACAUCUUCGUGACGACGGACGCCGAGAACUUUUUCUUUCUGCACGACCUGAUCGACACGUACAUCAGCCGCCAGCCGGACGGUGCCGGCCGCUCUCGCGCCUCCGACAAACAGCCCUCCAAGAACCGGCCCGACCCGACACCGUCGGUGCCGGCGAUGGCGGCGGCGGCGAACGGAGUGGCCGCCGCCGCCCGGCCGAGCGCCUCGCUCACCGCGUCCGACGGCGAGCACAAGGUCAAUGACCCCACACAGAUGCUGCAGCAGGACUGGCGCGAGUUCGAGUGUCGCACCUGGCACCUGGAGCCCACCGUCAGGCUGUUGUCAUGGGCGGGGCGUCGCAUCGAGCCGUACGGCGUGGACUUCAUCCUGAACAAGCUGGGCUUUCGGCACGCGCGCAGCACCAUCCCCAAGUGGCUUCAGCGCGGCUCGAUGGACCCGCUGGACAAGGUGCUGGCCGUGCUGGUGGAGAAGACGGUGCAGGUGACGCGCGAGGGCCACUGAUGCGGCGGCGCGCGGAGCCGCGGGGCGUCCCUCUUCGCCCCGCCCGACCCGCCAACCGCACCUGGAGGAGGGCGUGGCGGGGCGGAGCCUCGGUCUGGCCCAUCGUUUAUCGCAAGACGUGCAGAUCUCUAGAGCACAAAAGCAUCGAGGACUGACGGACGUGGGGUGGUGAGGCGGUGUCGUUGACUGUGAACGAUCGAGAUUAGUGUUGUCAUUGUGAGCCGCGCGGUGCGGUUUUGACACAAACGCAGCUGUGAAGUGAUAUUGGAGGAUAUUUAAUACGUGUAUUGUGAUCACUCGGAUUUUGUUGUUCUCAUGUCCGCGACUGCUUUCUAAACUCACGCGGCACCUUACCAUAACGCUUGAUUCGUUAGAGUGAGGUUGUGACGGCGUUGCUGACCGGCGCCAGCGGGUGUGGUGAUCUUUAUACGAGAUGGCCGCAGUCCAGCGUCGGCCGGCGGUUACUUGAGUCGCCGCUGCGCCGCCCGGCGCGAGGACGGCUGUGACGCGGCUCUCCCUCGCGGGGCGGGAUGUCCCGCCUGUCUGUCCGUUUGUCGGGGGGCAGCGUGUCAGCUAGCCAUUGUGUCGUUCAGUGUAUCGGCGUGGGUGCCGCGAUCUCCGCCAGCAGAAGACGGCCCGCGCCGCCGCGUCGCCGCUGCAGCUACACAUCAUCCCUUCCAAUAGUGUUGUGACGUCACGCGAUCGGCUGGCGCGACACAGGCGCGGCGGGUGUGCUGUCUGUUACGUAACUGCUGGGGUGCGAUUUUGUCCGGUCGAGCAGCUGAUAUUGGAUGUCUAGUCCCAGUAUUGAAGACACUGGCCGGAAUGUUGCCUACAGAAGCUUUACUACUCCGUGCUCGCCGCGCGGGCGACCCGUGAGCGAUGCCCUGGGCGAUGCACGGUAACAAAUCGCGUCUGUGCGCCUCCUCGCCACACGGUAGUCUGUGCCACGCAACCAUCGCGGGUCAGUAGGGGUCGCAUGCAAUGUAACAAACGGUGUGGCGGGAAAAUGUAUUAAUAUAUA